ACAAAAUGAAGCAUGGAUCACAUAUAAUUUAUUAAGUCUUAUUUUUUUAAAAAAAAUGUAAAGAAACAGUCUUGUUUAGAAAAAAAAUAUUUUAUAGAAUUUAUUUUUAAAAAUGAUGUAUCGUUAUUAGUUUGAAAAACAAGCGUGUAAAAAAACGAGAAAACAAAAAUAAAGAUGGAAAUCGUGUGCGUAAAAAGAAAAAAGAGGAAUUAAAAAUGGAGCAAAGAGCUCACACUAGACUUGCCAACCAGAGUGACGGCGAAUAAAGCACUUGGAGCCGUGGAGUUCACCGCCGCAUCCGCAUCUCCCACCGCCGCCGCCGCCGCCUCCAUCGCCGCCGCCGACAGCGCCACCAGCUUCGCGAGAAGCUUCUCCUCUUCUCUUCUGCCGUGCUCUGCGGGGCUUUGAAAGGAAACCCCAGAAGCUGGCGAGAUCCCACUCCCAUCCACCACGGCCCCAGCUCAUGACGUGUUGAGAGGGAAGCGUAUUGACUCCGAGCAGAGGAGAGCAGAGCGCGCGCGUGGGCGUGGCCAUCCUCCGCCUCCGCUUCCGCCAUUGGAGCUGUGAUUUGCUGGUGCUGGGGAUGAUGCCCAAGCUGCUGCUGCUGCAGGCGGCGGCGGCGGUGGCGGACAGGAGGUGGUACGGCUCCGGCGGCCGCCGCGGGUACCUCCCCCUCCGCCACCCACCACACGUCGCCCCCGGCAGAUUCACCGCCUGCCUGCUCGCCGUCGCCGCCGUCACCACCACCUUCGCCCUCGCCCUCACCCUCCACCGCCCCGACCUCUCCUCCGCCGCCGCCUACGCCGCCUCGCCACGCGGCGUUGGCGGCGGCGGCGGCGCGGGAUACGCGGUGGUGAUCAACACGUGGAAGCGCUACGACCUCCUCAGGAGAUCCGUCGCGCACUACUCCGGCUGCGGCGGCGUCGACGCCGUCCACGUCGUCUGGAGCGAGCCGGAGGAGCCAACCGAGGAGCUCCGCGGGAGCGUCCUCAACUGCAGCGACGGCGGCGGCGCGGGGGUGCGGUUCGUGAUCAACGCGGAGGACAGCCUCAACAACAGGUUCAGGCCCAUCCAGGGGCUCACCACCGACGCCGUCUUCUCCGUCGACGACGACCUCAUCGUGCCGUGCUCCACGCUGCGGUUCGCCUUCGCCGUGUGGCAGAGCGCGCCCUCUGCCAUGGUGGGCUUCGUGCCCCGGAUGCACUGGCUUGCUGACCCGGGAAGUAAUGCAAAGGAAUACAGAUAUGGAAGCUGGUGGUCAGUUUGGUGGACAGGGACUUAUAGCAUGGUUCUCUCCAAAGCAAGUUUUUUCCACAGGCAGUACUUGGAUCUGUAUACCAUUCGCAUGCUUCCGUCUAUUCGUGAUUAUGUGAAUGAAAACAGGAAUUGCGAGGAUAUUGCAAUGUCCUUUCUUGUGGCAAAUGUAACUGGAUCUCCACCAAUAUGGGUUCAAGGAAGGAUAUUCGAGAUUGGAUCAAGCGGCAUUAGCAGUUUGAAAGGCCAUGAUUUACAGAGAUCAAAAUGUCUCAAUACAUUUUCUGCCAUGUAUGGGCAUAUGCCUCUUGUAGCCACCACAGUCAAAGCUGUUGAUAGCCGCACAAGCUGGUUCUGGUGAUGGUUCUGUUUUGCCUUCCCUUAGGUGCUGCCUGCCUAUUUGCCUAGCCAAUAUUAUAAGGCUAGUGUAAUCAUGUGCAUGAUUCAUCAACAGCUAAUGACAAGGAUUAUAUUGUACAAACUGAUUCUUUGGAGGAGAUAUUGUACACCUGAAACUAAAGGCUUUGAUUGAUUUUCUAAUCAAUUGAUAAAUGAGAUUUAUGUGGCUAAGUACUUGUCCUAA